UAUGUUUUCAGUCGAGAUUGCACAGACGGGCAACGUCGGUGACCUGAGAGAAGCUAUCAAAGCAGGGAAGAGUUUUACAUUCCGCGACGUGGAUGCAGACUCUCUCCAGCUAUGGAAGGUCGAUAUCGACCCGCGGAGGGAGAAGUUAGAUCUCCCGCCCAAUGUCCAGGAGCUUAUGCCGUUUACCCUGCUCUCCCAAGCGUUCACAGUUCGACCGGAGGUUAGGCACCUUCAUAUAUUCGUUCAACACCUCCCUGACGCCCCCCGUAGUCAUUUGCAACUAUCGCCUUCUGCACACGUGCUUAGGACCCAGCGACUUCGUUCAGACUACGUCCGGCACUUUUCCAAGAAGGCUUCUUCCAGCCAGGGGGUGCCCUCUCAAUUCGAAAAUAUGCAGGAAAAUCCUGACAUCGCUGUUCGCUGUGAUCGACCCCCUGAAGCUGCUAAUAUUAUACCCACCACCCUACUUCACCCAGUCUUUGGUGCAUUCAUGGACGACUGCGAAAAUCAUGAGCCAACGGCAGAUGAUAACAAGCUGGUUAUGGAGUUGUCAAACGGAGCACGGUAUCGACCUAACGGCCUCGAUGAUCAACGGCACUGCCUACACUACCGACGGUGACAUGCAGCACAAAGGUUUCCGUUUCGCGAUCGCCGAAAUCAAGAACGAGAUAGGAUCCUCGAGAUACGAACCUCAUAUGCAAGCCCUUCUAUAUUAUAUACACUCUACCAAGACUUUCGCAAAGGACGACCCCGCAUUUAGGUUUCCCUGUAUACUGAUCAGUCUCUUUGGGCCGCACAUUGACUUCUCAGCCGCUGUUUGGGACACCCGUCCGAACAUGCAGGUUAUUUCGACUGCUUUACCUCUCUUUUAUCACCGCACGGAUACCAAAAUGCGUGAGAUGGUCGCGCGCCAUGUUGGUGCGCUCAGGAAAGCUCUUCACUCUCUCUUGAAAUGUUAUGCGAACAUGGCAUCAAGCACUACGAGCCCUUCUACCGAUCCAAAUCCCUGCUUUCCAUACCCAUCUUCUUAUACCUGCAUCAAGACAGCGUCAACAUGUCGUUUCACGUACCAAGCUCAAAUGGAUACCCAAAGACUACUCUUUUCCGCGAAGACAGAGGAUGACGAGUCUAAGAUGCUCUGCAUCAAGUUUGUUCGUCACUACUCUCAGGAGGCACAUCAACGAUGUGCUUCCGGUGGCUUCGCUCCAGCGCUCUAUGGCUUCGAAAACCUACCAGGCGGAUGGUACAUGAUUGUCAUGGAGAUGAUCCCAGAGGAUUACUGUUGUCUCGGGGAACUUUCCGACCCUUACCUUCAUCAUGACGCACUCGCUACGGGACUCCUAUCUCUCCAUCAAGAAGGUUAUGUUCAUGGAGACAUUCGGGAUACAAAUGUUAUGGUGAAAAGGGACCGCAGCCCUGGAUUCAAGUUGGUGGAUUUUGACUGGUCCGGGAAAAUAGGCGAAAUCCGAUACCCAAUGAACGUAUAUCGAGGAGGUCGUCUCUGGAGACCUGAUGGAGCGGACGACGGACAGUUGAUCCUGGCUGAACAUGAUAUUCAGAUGUUGCACGCCAUAUUUCCACCAGGCACCUUUGAGAUUGCGUUACAUACGGCGGCAUCGCGCGGGCAGAGCUGGGUGACGGGAACGGGCCACAUGUUUGGGACGAAUUAGCCAUUGAGGUUGGAGAUAGGGCGGGCGGUUAGGCGGAUGGUGGAUAUCCGGACUCGAAUCGGUGGCUCAACAGCAGUUUUAGCGCACGAA